CAGUUUUUGAAAGCCGGCCGGAGAAAAAUAUGUGUUUGUUGGCUAUGUUGGCUUCGGAUAAACUAAAUGCAUAGUUUAUGCGGAUUUCUGCCUAAGAAGUGUCAACUGCUAGGUUACUGUCGACCCGAAGGAACGGUGCAUUUAUAUUCCUUCUCUUGCGCUGCUUGCCAAGCUGGAAGAAGCAGGGAAAGAAACGCCAUUCAGUGUUCGGUUGCAUUGGUGUGAGUUCGAGGAUAUUGGACUGCCACACAACGGUACCGGUUGGGUCCAGAGUCGGUUCGGUUCGGUUACCUUUUGUGGAUAUUAUUUCGUGGAUAACGUGCCAACAAGUGAAAAAAGCAAGUGAGGAAGGUGUGCAGAAAACAAUCAAAUGACGUACUGCUUGCGAGGAACCCACGAGCAAAAGUUUGCAUACUAAAAUCGUGUCAUUCGGGUCGCGAUCCAGAAAGUGACAAUCAGAACUUUUAAAUACCUACCUGGAUUUCAUUACUAAUUGGAAUGUCAUACACAAAAAGUACCGGAACCGGAAGUGCCUAAUACAGAAAAAGAAACAAGUGAAAACAGACGAUCGGAAUUAUUUUUAUUUAUGAAUCCAGUGACAUUUGUAGACACUUAUCCAAACAGCAGUGUGGUAUUUGUGAAAGACCCCUAAACGUAAGAUCGUCACAUCCAGUGCAGAUUUGAAAUCACCAAACAGAAAACCCCACGUACCACGUACCCAAUCUAUGACCACCGGUGGCGUUCCGCUAGCCUUGCCUUCCGAAUCGUGGUCCAGUACGGAUGAUUCCAUGUCUGGAAGAAGAUCACUCCGAUCCAUUAGCUGCGAUUCACCAUCAUUAUCAUCACCAUCAUCUUGCAUUUGGUUUGCUGUUCGAUCGGGUCUGCAGCCAACCUUUCAACAGCCAUCAGCAGAAGCUUCCAGCUCAUAAUUGAGAUCCCGAAGGCUGCGUCUUAACACCCUUCCGGAGUGUGAGCGUGGUGUGUGCUGUGCCCCGGGAUGGUCAAACAUUGACGCGAAACGAGCGGGACGAAAGACACGAAACGAAAAGUAGAUGCUGUACCAUAAACUGACCGCAGAAGUAUAAUAACGGCGUAGUGUUGGUAGUGUUUUUUUUAUUAUUUAUGUUUAGGUGUGCAUUUUGUUUAAUAAACGAGAAAUAGCGAAAAGCGGAAGAAAACUACAGUCUUUACGAAAGACUUGAACUUGAGGAUUAGAAAGAGCAGAAGUAGAAACAGCAUCAGCAAUGUUGAAAUUCAUACGUGGAAAAGGCCAACAACCUUCGGCCGAACGGCAGAAGCUACAGAAGGAACUAUUUGCAUUCCGGCGGACUGCUCAGCAUGGCUUCCCCAACAAACCGUCGGCAUUGGCAUACGACUCGAUAAGCAAGUUGAUGGCCAUCGGAACCAAUAGUGGCAUCAUAAAAGUGUUUGGCAAACCCGGUGUCGAGUUUUACGGUCAGCAUCCGGCCACAACCAAUGCAUCGGAUUCCGUUGUUCAGCUGCUCGAAUGGAUUCCCGGAAGUGGGCGGUUACUGUCGUUGACUGCCUCAAAUCAGCUGGUUUUGUGGGAACCGACCGGAACGGUACUGGUACCUAUCAAAACGCUUCCAUUCGAUGGUAAGCUGAAGAAGAUUUCUUCCCUGUGCUGUUCGUACAUGAAGGACACGGUUUGGAUCGGAACGGAAGGCGGUAACGUGUAUCAGUUUGAUAUCAAAAGUUUUUCCGUACGUGAACCGGUUAUCUACCAUGAUGUGGUUUUGGAACAACUGCCCCAGUCGUAUAAAUUGAACCCGGGUGCAAUCGAAUCGGUUAAGCAGCUACCCACAAACAAUAAUCAGCUGUUGAUCGCCUACAAUCGAGGCUUGACCGUUCUGUGGGACCUGGAGGCAAAUAACGUUAAGCAGUCAUUCAUUUCACCAGGACAUGGUCAAAGCGUAGGUUUGUUCAUAUCUCCGUGCGGUACCCAAUUCACAUGGUAUCACGCGGACGGUUCAUUUGCGACAUGGGAUUUGGACAGUGUUAUUCCACCGGAAAAUCAGAAGUAUGUUCCUUACGGUCCGGACCCAUGCAAGGCAAUAGAUCGAUUGAUUCGGGGCAAACGAGGAUUGUAUGAACUGGUUGUAUUCUCUGGUGGUAUGCCAAGAUCCGCCUACGGGGAACAUCAAUGUGUUUCCGUACACUGCCGCGAUGGAACUAAGCUGGCUUUCGAUUUCACUUCUAAAGUCAUCGAUUUCUUUGUAACUUUUGACGAUGAACAUCCCGAACAAGCUGAGGUUCUGGUGGUUUUACUGGAGGAAGAGCUAGUUGCUUACGAUUUGACUGACGAAACAAUUCCGCAGAUAAAUGCACCAUAUCUUCAUUCACUGCAUGCUUCUGCCGUCACUUGUAACCAUCUGGUAUCGCAAGUAUCUUCUGAAGUUUUGGAGAAAAUUUUGCGUGCUGGAGAAAAUCAGUUGGCUGAUUACAGUGCCAAACCUUGGCCUAUCACGGGUGGAUCGAUUCCGGAAAGCAACGAAGAAGAACGCAGUGAAUACGACAUUCUAAUUACUGGUCACGAGGAUGGAUCCGUUAAAUUUUGGAACUGUUCUGAAGUUUGUUUGACUCCACUGUUACACGUUAAAACGUCUCCGCUUUUCAGUAACAGUGACGACUUUGAUAAUCAUUUCAAUACUUCCACCGAACAAUUGGACGAUGGGGAACCGCCCUUCAGAAAAGCCGGUCAGUUUGAUCCGUAUUCCGAUGAUCCUCGUUUAGCUGUGAAGAAAGUGCAACUGUGCCCUAAAACCGGAACGCUGGUGAUUGCCGGAACAGCUGGCAAUGUAGUGGUUGCAAACUUCGAUGCUAACCCCGAGGAACCGGGACCGUUGAAGGUUACGACGAUGAAUUUGGUAUGCGAUAGAGAUGGAUUCGUUUGGAAGGGACACGAUCAACUGAAGGUCAAACGACAAUUGCUAGAGGAAAAUCUACCGAUACUGGAGGGGGUGAACUUCACCAGUGUCUUACAAGUACUGCCACCGGCCGCAGUGACAUGCAUCGCUGUGCAGAGCCAAUGGAGUUUGGUGGCUGCCGGAACUGCCCACGGAUUAGUUUUGUUCGACUAUCACAGCCAGAAUCCGGUGCUGCACAAGUGUACUCUUAAUCCAAAUGAUUUAACGGGUGCCGGAGAGACUCUUUCCCGGCGUAAGUCCUUCAAAAAGACUCUUCGCGAGUCGUUCCGUCGGCUGCGCAAGGGUCGUUCCACUCGCAACAAUCCGGGUGCCCAAGCUACGACUCCUGCAGAAACGCGUCCCAUCGAACGACAGAUCGAAGCACGUCCAGUCGAUGACGGAAUGGGUUCGAUGGUUCGAUGCUUGACCUUUGCGCAGACUUUCGUUACCAACCAACAACACACGAUUCCGACUUUGUGGGCCGGAACGAAUUCCAGUUGCGUGUCGGUGUUCGUCCUGCAUGUUCCGCCACGUCAGCCACCCGUUCAGAGUAAUGAGGCAAAUGUUGAUGGAGAUGUUCCGCCACCAAAACCAAUCACCGGCCAGCUGGCGAAGGAAAUUCAACUCAAGCAUCGUGCUCCAGUUAUUGGCAUUGCAAUUUUCGAUCAUCAUGGAGUUCCUCUUGAGUUCCAAUCGACACCGGGUCCAGGACCCCACAGAGUUCUUAUUGCAUCGGAAGAACAGUUUAAGGUAUUUUCUCUGCCACAGCUGAAACCAGUCAACAAGUACAAACUGACGGCACAUGAAGGAGCACGGGUACGCCGUAUUGCUUUUGCGACGUUUUCCUGUAGUGUUCCCGCACAACAACUACAGCACAGUCCUGCGAAGUCGGGAUCAAGACCAGCAAUCGAAGCGACGGCGACAUCGGCAUCGCCCUCGGCUGAAGCACUGAACACCAGUAGUGCCACCGAAACUGCCACGGCACCGGACGUAAUCACGCAUUCCGAAAUUAGCCUACUUUGUUUGACCAAUCUUGGAGACUGCCUGGUGCUGUCGAUUCCAGAGUUGAAACGCCAACUUAAUGCAGCUGCCGUGCGACGAGAGGACAUCAAUGGAAUUUCUUCUCUCUGCUUCACCGAUCAUGGCGAAGCCCUGUACAUGAUGUCCUCUUCCGAGGUACAACGAAUCACACUUUCCACUUCGAAAAUUAUUUCUCCUACCGGAUUCAUCGAGCUUGAGGAUUGGUCUCAGGCGGAAGAAGAUAUCGAAGUAGCCGAUCCUCCCAUUGAUGGCAUGGAUCAGCAACCACCAGCCGGUCAGAGUUCUCCUAAGGCAGCUUCUGAAGCAGGCGAAAAAUCACCGGACUUUACGACACCACUCUCGGUUGCGGUAACGGCCAUCAACGGAACCGGAGCUGCCGGUGAAGGUCUCACAAACGGUGUUGGCAAUGGAGACGAUGCGUCACCAAAUAAAGCUAACGAAACAAUUACCAGCUCGAUCGGAGACAUUACCAUCGAUUCAGUACGCGAUCAUUUGAAUUCAACGACUACGACACUCUGUUCGACCACCACCGAGGAGAUCGUGGGUCGCCUGUCGGUGUUAAGCACCCAUUCGAACAAUGUAGCCUCAACAGCAAAAACGGCAGAAAUUACCGCCCUUAAUUCAUCUAACAUCAAGGACUUGAAGCACAUUGGAGACUCGACAGAAACGGCAGCCAACUCGGUCAUUAUCAAAUCGGUAAUAACAACCGUUAAGCAUGGUAUUGGCCAUGUCAAUGGGGAACACAACACCACCUCAUCUACGACGACGACGACGACAACGGAUAAGGCAGCGAUCACAGCCGGUGGAGCGGUUCCAUUACUUCGGAAGGAAAGCAAGUUUUAACAAGUGUUAAUUUUAUUUUUACGUGGAGACGAGUGACGAACGACGAAACCACACAGAACCAUGAUUGUUGUCGUUGUUCAAGUUUGAGUUAGUUUAUUAAUAUUAUUUUUAAAUCUGUGGACGCGAUCCAGAACGGUAAGUAAUAUUAUUUAACCAUCUGUCUUCGCAGAUUGUUUUCAAUUUAUACUGACAAACGUUCCAGAAGACAAUGUUUGUUGUAAAGGAAAUGUUGAAUACAAAACCUGCUUCCUUUUUCUUUUUUUUUUUCGAAAUAUCGGAAGCAUUUAGCAAUGCAAAGUAUGUAGAAUUUUUGUCCGUUUUGGAAAGUAAACAAUAUUAACUGCUAGAGCUUUUGGUAUGCAAAAUGUGGCAAGGUAUGACAAUGACUCCAAUGAAUUUUAUAGACUAUGGACGCCAAAUAUUUAGGACAACCGAUAGAUGCCUUUCUAAGAUGUUCUGUUGAUGGAACUGUUAUCACGCACUUCAAGUCGUGACACGAUUUUACAAACAACGACGGUAUUCAAACAUAUUCUUUAGAGCAUAUUUAUAGUAAAGCUGAAUAUGUUGUUAUUUUAAGAAAGCUGCAAGAUUUCGGGAAAUAGUGUUUUUCCCUCACUUCAAAAACCAUUUCUUUUAACACGGCACUCGACUAUUGCGACUGUCGGCUAUUGGAUUCUGUUGUUCAUAUUUUGCUGAAAAAGUCAAAAGUAUUAAUAGUUCAAUUACACACGAGACGAAGCAAUCAAAUCAAGAGUUAUAUUUUAACGUUUGACCAUCAUAUUGUGUACGUGUCGUUGGUUUAAUUUAUACAAAUUCCACGCAGCGGAGUAAAAAUGCAGGGGAUUCAUACACAAUCGGUAUUUACAUGAUAUAUAAUCUAGUUGUAACCGUAUUUUGGAUGCAAUUUACAGAGUACUAAGAUAAUAUUAAUAAAGAUCAUGAAUAAAUGUCUAUUAAGUUUUAGUGAUGUAA